CAUCUUUCCUCCUCUCUGUCUCUGAAACGGAAGAUUAACUACAAAACACAACAAUGGGGGGAUUUAACGCGUAGCAGCCGCUGCUCCAUUUUAUUUAGAUUUAAAGCGUCGCGUUUGGGUUUAUUUCCCGUGAAAAUGGCGACGGGGGCAGGCUGGCAGCCUCCGUACAACACCUCGACUAGCAACACCAAAUAUACCCCUUCUCCAACAUCCAGCAUGUUUUACGACGGGAGUUUGACGCUGGACUACACUCAAGACCUGCAUUUGAAGAUGAGCAAGAAGAUAGCACAGCUGACGAAGGUAAUUUAUGCUCUCAACACAAAGAACGACGAGCACGAGGAGGAAAUCGAGUCUCUGAAAGAAGCCCACGAGGACGAGGUCCAACACAUAGUGACCGAAACCAGAGACAAGAUCAUGCAGUACAAGAGCAAGAUGGCGGACGAGGCCGACCUGAGGCGGCGGCUGGCCAGUCUGGAAGAAUCUGUCGAACUCCACGAACACAUGAAGAGACAGGCUUUAGCAGAGUUUGAGAUGUACAGACAGAGAAUGGAGGACUCUCAGCUCUGCACGGAGGCCCAGCACACCCAGAGAGUGGUUUCUAUGAGCAGAGAGGUGGAGGAGAUGCGUCGGGAUUUUGAGGAGAAGCUGCGGGCUUUCAGCCAGGCUCAGGCCCAGUUUGAGGCGGAUAAGCGGCGAGCGCUGGAAGAGCUGAGGGCCACCCACCGCCAGGAGGUGGAGGAACUCCUCAACAACCAGCAGAACCAGAGCGCCUCCUCCACUGAAGACCAGGAGAAACUGGCCGAGCUGCAUAGACAAGAGGUGGAGGCAUUGAUGGAGAGGGUGGAGGAAAUAACAAAGGAUAAAGUCCGUCUGGUGGAGGAGUAUGAGGCCAAGCUUGGAAAGGCACAAGAAUAUUAUGAGAGAGAGCUGGAGGCCAUGAGAAGAACGCAUCAGCUCACCACGGAGAACCUGCUGGCCUGGAAAAGGACCGAGGUUGAGCUUCGGAAGGAGUUUCAGGCUCAGGAAGCAGCACUGCAGCGCUCGCUGUCUAAGCUGCGAACUGAGCUCCAGAAAGCACAGGAGGAGGCCAGAGAGAACCGAGACAGGACCAACAGACUGCAGACAUCGCUGGCCAACGCCGAGGGAACAAUCAAGAACCUGCACAAGCAGCUGGAGGAGGCCAUUCAGGACGGAGAGAUCUGGGUGAUGCAGCUGAAGGACACUGAGUAUGAACUAGAGGGAAGCAGGGAACGAGUUCAACAGCAGGCGACUGAAAUCCUCCAUAAAGCCAGUCAGAUUGGCUCGUUGCAGGCCACGCAAAUGGCCCAUGAGGCGACCAUCAGGAACUUGGACCAGGAGCAGAGCCGGCUGAAGGAGAAGAUCAGCCGGCUGGAGGAGGAGAGGGAGGCUCUGCUGAACCAGAGUCAGGCCUCCAACGAGCAGCACAAACAGCAAGUGCUCAAACUAGAACAGUCUCUGCGUGAGGAGCACCAGGGUUAUGAGAAGGAGCUCUGCAGGCUGAGAGCACACUCUGAGGAGGAAAUGCAUCGCUUUAAAGAGGCGCAGGUCAGAGCGCUGGAGGAGCUGGAGGAGAAACACCAGGCCAUGAGGGAGGAGGCGCAGCAGGAGAAAGAGGAGGAGAGGAAGCUCCUCAUGACAAAAAUGAGUCAGGAGUUUGAGAUUAAGCGUCUGUCAUUGGAGGAGCAGCGAGAUCGCCUUCAGCAGCAGCUCGACAACUUGAAGGAGGAGCUCUCGGCCAAACUCAAUAUGGCCAAUCAGGAGGUGUCACACCUCCAGGAGCUGGUGAGGGAGGGGGAGCAGAACUUGGGUUCAGCUCAGACGCAGAUCAGCUGUCUGAGAGAAACUCAGGAGAAACUCAAGAUAGAACUCGAUGCCACGAGAGCCCGAGUCCGAGAGACCAGCAACCUGCUGACUGACCUACAGGAGGAGAUCGAGACCCAGAGACAGCAGCAUGAAGCCAGAGUGAUGUCCAUCAGAACAGAAGAGAAACAGAAGAUGGACAAGAUGGCAGACGACUUGGAACAGAAAUGGAGAGACGCACUGCGGGAGGAGGUGCGUUUGUUGAAGGAGGAGCUGACCGAAGAGUAUGAAGCGGACAAACAGGCAGCGCUGACUCAGCUCUCGCAGCAGAAGGAACUGGAGAUGAUGGCGGCACGAGAGGGCUGGCAGAGGAAGGUGGAGGACCUGCUGGAACAGAUCUCUCUGUUGAAACAGUCCCUGGAGCUGCAGCUGUCUCAGUCCCAGUCGUCGCUCCAGCAGCUGCAGUCUCAGUUCAACCAGGAGAGGGAGCUGCUGAGCCAGCAGCUGAAAGAGAUGCAGAGAGAGCAUCAGAGGAGAGAGCAUCGACUACAGGAGGCUCACUGCUGCGCCCUGAGCACCAUGGAGGAGGCCAGACAACACCAGAUAAGGGCUCUAGAGGAGCGUCUGAAGCAGGAGCAGAGGGAGGAGGUCCACGCUCUGAAGGAGGCCCACAGGAGGACCUUAGACAUCCUUAGACAGCAGUCAGACCAAGAGCUACAGACGCUGCGAUUUGAGCUGGAGGACGAGGGGAAAGCAAAGCUCGCAUCUCUUCGUGCAGAGCUAAACCACCUCCACGCUGCAUCCAUAGAGCACCUAAAGCAGAUCCACCUCAAAGAAAACACUAACGUCAAACGAGAACUAGAGAAAGCUAUGGAGAUCAGCCACCAGCAGGAACAAGAGCUCCUGGGUCGCAUCUCAGAGCUGCAAGCAGAGCUGUGUUCCCGUAGCAACCGCAUCACCGAUCUGGACCACGAGAUCCACUCUCUGAACGAGACCAUCGAUACUCUGACCAGAGAGCUGGAGAUAAAGGGCAAAGAGGUGCUGCGGGUCCGAAGUGAAGCUAACCAUCAGAUAAGGGCCCACGAACAAGACCUUUCAAAGAGACAUGAGAGGGAUCUGGGGGAGAUAAGUAUAGUCCAUCAAAGAGAAACACAUAUCAUGCUGGCUGACUUCAACAAGGCCCAGGAGGUCCUCAAAGACAAGAUCACAGCACUACAAAUACUGUUGGAGGGGACAGAGGAGAAGUUAAGAAACAGAGAAAGCCGACCAGAAGACCUGCAUGUGAUAGCAGAGCUCCGAGAGAUGGUGACUGAAAGAGAAGCUCUGGUGAAAAAGCUGGUGGACGACAAGAAGUUCUACCAGCUGGAGUUGGUCAACAGAGAGACGGGGUUCAACAAGGUCUUCAAUUCCAGUGCCAACGUUGGUGUAAUCAACCCUCUUAUCAAGCCUUCCUGAGGCAAACGCCGCGACACCAUCAAACCCGAGGGCGGCGGAGGCAGGAAAAAGCAAAGACCACCUUGAAAAAGAAGA